AUCCCCGCCCACUGGCAGGAGAGCGCGGCCGGGCGGCACGCGCGCGCGCAGGGUCCUUAAAAGCCGCGGCCGCGCGGAGACGCCGAGCUCGCCCACCGCGCGCAGGCGGAGACAUGCACGUGAACGGCAAAGUGGCGCUGGUGACCGGCGCGGCCCAGGGCAUCGGCCGAGCCUCCGCCGAGGCGCUGCUGCUCAAGGGCGCCAAGGUAGCGCUUGUCGAUUGGAAUCAUGAAGCAGGUUUAAAGUGUAAAGCUGCCCUGGAUGAGCAGUUUGAACCUCAGAAGACUCUCUUCAUCCAGUGCGAUGUGGCCGACCAGGAACAACUAAGAGAUACUUUUAGGAAAGUUGUAGACCACUUUGGAAAACUGGACAUUUUGGUGAAUAAUGCCGGAGUGAAUAAUGAGAAAAACUGGGAAAAAACUCUGCAGAUUAAUUUGGUUUCUGUCAUCAGUGGAACCUACCUGGGUUUGGAUUACAUGAGCAAGCAGAAUGGAGGUGAAGGUGGCAUCAUUAUUAAUAUGUCCUCUUUAGCAGGGCUGAUGCCUGUUGCACAACAGCCUGUUUAUUGUGCUUCCAAACAUGGCAUAAUUGGAUUCACCCGCUCGGCAGCGAUGGCUGCUAAUCUCAUGAACAGUGGUGUGAGACUGAAUGCCAUUUGCCCAGGCUUUGUUAAUACACCCAUCCUCAAAUCCAUUGAAAAAGAAGAAAACAUGGGACAAUAUAUAGAAUACACGGAUCAUAUCAAGGAUAUGAUGAAAUACUAUGGAAUUUUGGACCCAUCAAUGAUUGCCAAUGGAUUAAUAACACUCAUUGAAGAUGACGCUUUGAAUGGGGCUAUAAUGAAGAUCACAACUUCUAAGGGAAUUCAUUUUCAAGAUUAUGAUACAACCCCAUUUCACACGAAAGCUCAGUGAACAUCCUAUAUGUCAGCUUUAACCGAAAAUAAGCACAAAUGACUUAGACCACAUCUUCAUUUGAAUACAGCUUUUUAAAUGAAAUGUUAUCGUUUGAAGCUUUCCUUUCAUGCAUGUGAUGUUCAUUUUUUCUAAAUGAUUAGUUAAGUAUAUAGCUUUAAAAAAUGAGGAACUAUCAAAAAUAUGACGUGGACCAAAGCUAGGUUUUGAUCUUUUCAGUCUAAGUAAUGAUUAAAACAAAGGAUAUUCCAGGAAUAUUCUGCCUUUCAGAAAAUA